UCAGAAAGUAAAAGGCCUCGAACAAACGAGUGCCCUCCAACCCUUAUCUUCAUCUCCCAUUCUUUUUCGCGCAUCUUCUGGGCUCUUCAAUUCACAGAUUUUGCUCAGACCAGGUACUCAUUGAGGAGACUGCAUAUCAGAAAUCUGUUUCCUGUUUCUGUUUCUGUCUGCAUCCACCCACUAAGACGAAACAGAUCAGAAGAAAUCUGUUUCUGUUUCUGUAACGUACACAGAUUUUGGAGCCAUGUCUAUUGUGGGGAUUAUUGUAUUACUCACUGUCAUAAACGGAGCGUGGGCGGUCACCUUUACGCUGGUGAACAACUGUGAAUAUACAGUCUGGCCCGGUUUCCUAUCAAACGGGGGCGUAGCGGCACUGGGAACAACCGGUUUCGAACUUCCGGCGAGUACGAGCAGAGUGGUGGAGACGCCGGCAAAAUGGUCGGGCAGAAUGUGGGGCCGUACGGGCUGCAGUUUCGACUCGCAGGGCAAAGGCAAGUGCGCUACGGGCGAUUGCGGCGGGCAGUUGCAGUGCGGCGGCGCCGGCGCAGAUCCGCCGGCGACGCUCGCCGAAUUCGCCGUCGACCCGGUUACACAGGAUUUCUACGAUGUCAGUCUGGUGGACGGCUAUAAUCUUCCCAUUUUAGUGGUCGCCACCGGCGGAACCGGGUCCUGCCUUUCUACUGGCUGUAUCAAUGAUAUUAACCGGAAUUGUCCUACUGAGCUUCAGAUUGAUGACGGCGUUAGUCGUGUUGGUACCGGCGGCGGUAAUGUUUUAGCCUGUAAGAGUGCCUGCGGGGCUUUCGAUAGGCCUGAGUAUUGCUGCAGUGGUGCUUAUGCGAAUCCCGACACGUGUAAGCCGUCGACUUACUCCCAGGUGUUUAAGGCUGCUUGUCCUCGUGCUUACAGCUACGCUUUCGAUGACCGGACUAGCACGUUUACCUGCACGGCUGCCGACUAUACCGUCACCUUCUGUCCCACCGUCGCCAUGGCCAGUCAAAAGCUAAACACUCCGCCUGCGAGCAGCGGCACAGCUUAUGGUGAAAGUGCAGUAACGUCAUUGUCAACGUCAUUGUCAAUGUCAAUGUCAAUGUGUAUUAUUAUGAUUAUUUUUACUUUUUCUUCCUUACUAAUAAUUUCAGUAAGGGACUAGAGCUUUCCAACACCACCAAGAUGCGAUGGGAAUAUUCGGCAGAUCGCAGAGAAUCCGAAAGUGGGCCCACAUCGCUUUUAAAAGGGACAGCUGUAUGUCAGAUUCAGUUGGGCUCAAUUAUUACUUAUGGGAUGUGCCCCACCCACAAAAAGAAAAAAAGCAGUACAUAAAGAUAUUUGGGUGCCACAAAGCAAAUGGAACGGCCACUCGUAAACUACUUUAUCCUUUAAAGUGAAGAAUCCCAUUAUCAAUAUACUAAGGUUUGGAAAGUAAA